AUGUUCGCCAAAAGCCUCGUUGGUCUCACUUCCAUUGCAAGCGCUGCGUGUAUCAUAGCCGCUGUUGGUUUCGUCGGUUAUCUGCUCAAUGACAUCAACACAUUUUACGACAAAGCCCAACAGGAACUAAGCGAUUUCAAGCUACACGCAAACAGUGCGUGGGACCACAUGAUGCACUCAUUGGAACAGGACCACAUCCGUGAAGCUCGAGGAGUGUUCCGUCGCAAAAAGAAACAAAUCGGGGCAUCAUGCAACUGUGCUGCGGGACCCAAUACUUGCCCGCCAGGACCAGCUGGACCGCCAGGGCAACCAGGAGCUCCAGGAGAAGAUGGCGCACCAGGAAACGCUGGAACGCCAGGUAACGGUGGACUAGGUAUAGGGCGCGGAAACGAUGCUGGAUGCAAUAAGUGUCCUCCAGGCCCUGCUGGGGCUUCUGGAGCACCAGGAGCACCAGGACCAGCAGGACCUGAUGGACAACACGGCGUUCAAGGUCAGAAAGGAAACGAUGGAUAUCCUGGAGGACCGGGGCCACUGGGUGAUGCAGGAGCUCCAGGACAACCUGGACAGCCAGGUUAUUCUGGUCCACCGGGACAGAAUGGAAAGAAAGGACAAGGAAAACCUGGAUCACCAGGACCAGCAGGGCCAUCGGGCGCCCCCGGACAGCCUGGCCAGGAUGGACAGGCUGGAGGCCCUGGACAAUCUGGUCAACAAGGACCCCAGGGACCUGCUGGAAAUCCAGGAGCACCUGGAAAUGAUGGUGUUCCAGGAGGACCUGGUGGGCCAGGUCUGCCUGGAAAGGAUGCGGCUUAUUGUCCUUGUCCUCCUCGUAGUUCUGACCUUCCCGCAGCCGACACGCCUCAAGGCUAUGCCAACGACGGUGGGAAUACAGGAUACAGUAGACGCCGUGCCGCAGUAAGAAAGUUUAGGAAGCUCCGCAGAGCCAAAGCGGCUUAA